CGUCGGGUCGGGGCCGGGGGCUGGGCGGGCGCCUGGAGGGCCCCCAACCCCGCGAGCGGCGACCCCGGCCGCGCCACCCGUACCCCCUCCGCGCCCCUGGGCGCUGGGGGCGCGCGGCGGGAGGGGGACCGCAGGUGAGCCAGGUGCGGCCUGCGCGGCCCGGCCCGCGCGGCCCAGGGCUGCGGUCUCUCUUAUGAUGGAGGGAAGCCGACAGACGCGAGUGUCACGGCCGUACAAGAUCAGCGAAUCAUCCAAGGUGUACCGCUGGGCCGACCACUCGACCACGGUGCUGCAGCGGCUGAAUGAGCAGCGCCUCCGCGGGCUUUUCUGUGACAUUGUCCUGGUGGCAGACGAGCAGCGCGUGCCAGCCCACCGCAACCUACUGGCCGUGUGCAGCGACUACUUCAACUCCAUGUUCACCAUCGGCAUGCGUGAGGCCUUCCAGAAGGAGGUGGAGCUGAUUGGCGCCUCUUACAUCGGGCUCAAGGCUGUGGUGGACUUCCUGUACGGCGGGGAGCUGGCGCUGGACGGCGGCAACAUCGACUACAUCCUGGAGACGGCCCACCUGCUGCAGAUCUGGACGGCGGUGGACUUCUGCUGUGAGUACCUGGAGCAGGAGGUGAGCGAGGACAACUACCUGUACCUGCAGGAGCUGGCCUCCAUCUAUAGCCUCAAGCGGCUCGACGCCUUCAUCGAUGGUUUCAUCCUGAGCCGCUUUGGCACGCUGUCCUUCACGCCCGACUUCCUGCAGAACAUCUCCAUGCAGAAGCUCUGCGUCUACCUGAGCAGCAGUGAGGUGCAGCGGGAAUGCGAGCAUGACCUUCUGCAGGCAGCUCUGCAGUGGCUGACGCAGCAGCCCGAGCGCGAGGCCCAUGCCUACCAGGUGCUGGAGAACAUCCACUUCCCGCUCAUCCCCAAGAACGACCUGCUGCACCGCGUCAAGCCGGCCGUGUGUUCACUGCUGCCGCGGGAGGCCAACUGCGAGGGCUUCAUCGAGGAGGCCGUGUGCUACCACAACAGCCUGGCAGCCCAGCCAGUCAUGCAGACCAAGCGCACGGCACUGCGCACCAACGAGGAGCGCCUGCUGUUCGUGGGUGGCGAGGUCUCCGAGCGGUGUCUGGAGCUUAGUGAUGACACCUGCUACCUGGACGCCAAGAGCGAGCAGUGGGUCAAGGAGACGCCCCUGCCAGCCCGGCGGAGCCACCACUGUGUCGCUGUGCUGGGGGGCUUCAUCUUCAUCGCUGGUGGCAGCUUCUCACGGGACAAUGGAGGGGAUGCAGCGUCCAAUCUUCUUUAUAGGUAUGACCCCCGCUGUAAACAGUGGAUCAAGGUGGCCUCCAUGAACCAGCGCCGUGUGGAUUUCUACCUGGCCUCCAUUGAAGACAUGCUGGUGGCCGUUGGUGGCCGGAAUGAGAAUGGAGCUCUUUCUUCGGUGGAGACUUACAGCCCCAAGACCGACUCCUGGUCCUAUGUGGCCGGCUUGCCAAGGUUCACCUACGGCCAUGCAGGGACCAUCUACAAAGACUUCGUGUACAUCUCUGGAGGCCACGACUACCAGAUUGGCCCCUACCGCAAGAACCUGCUAUGCUACGACCACCGAACAGACGUGUGGGAGGAGCGGCGGCCCAUGACCACGGCGCGCGGCUGGCACAGCAUGUGCAGCCUGGAAGACAGCAUCUACUCCAUCGGCGGCAGCGACGACAGCAUCGAGUCCAUGGAGCGCUUCGACGUGCUGGGUGUCGAGGCCUACAGCCCGCAGUGCAACCAGUGGACCCGCGUGGCACCGCUGCUGCAUGCCAACAGCGAGUCAGGAGUGGCCGUGUGGGAGGGCCGCAUCUACAUCCUGGGCGGCUACAGCUGGGAGAACACAGCCUUCUCCAAGACGGUGCAGGUGUACGACCGUGAGAAAGACAAGUGGAGCAAAGGCGUCGACCUGCCCAAGGCCAUUGCUGGUGUGUCCGCCUGCGUGUGUGCCCUGAGGCCACGGCUGGAGGACAAGAAGAAGAAGGGCAAGGGCAAGAGGCACCAGGACCGGGGCCAGUGACCGCCCUUCUCCCCGCCCCCUUCCCCACAACCCUGUCCCGCCUGCACCUGCGCCUGGCUGGGCUCCGCUCCCUGCCCCCACCCGCCGGAGCGUCUCCACCAGCCACGACUUCGCAGCAUCCUGGAACCAUGAUGGACUUCUUAGCAGCUUUUUUUUUACUUUUAUGAUUCUUGGUCUUUCUAUGAUAUCACAGUAACUGAUUAAAUAUUCUAUAUAAUUUUA